GGCGCUGCAUCAAAUCCACACAAGUAAAACAGCUGCGAAUGGGCUUUUAAAGACAGGAGAAAACCAUAUCUUUCACAAUAUAACAAUGCAUGGACAGACACUUGGUGCAUAUUGUUUUAUGUGUGUGGGCGGUCAAUGAGACAUGCGUAAUGGCAUGGAGAGAACAUGCAAACUGGAAUUGAAUAUAGGCCUAUACAACACAUUCAGAAGCACACAUCUUUCUUGUUUUUGUAUAGUGAAUUAGCUAAAUAAGGCUAUAAUUUGAAUGCGGAGAGAGUCCCUGGAUGUGAAGCUGAAAGCAUUUACGAAGGGCGACAUCUGCUGACCAACAAACACUCCCCAGAGCAGAUCUCGCGAGAGUGGUGGCGUGGCUGGCUGGCUGUGUGGUUGCAGUAGACAGAGGGAGAAGGCAGGCAGGCAGCAUCAUGGCGGACAGAGACAGUGGAAGUGAGCAGGGAGGAGCAGCCACGGGCCCGGGCGUCGGUUCCAUGCACCCAGUGACAGGAGGGGCGGGCUCGGCUUCCGGGCUGCAACACGAGACGCAAGAGCUGGCGUCGAAACGGGUUGACAUUCAAAAUAAACGUUUCUAUCUGGACGUGAAGCAGAACGCAAAAGGCCGCUUCUUAAAGAUAGCUGAAGUCGGGGCCGGUGGAAACAAGAGCCGCCUCACUCUCUCCAUGUCAGUGGCAGUCGAGUUCCGUGACUACUUAGGGGACUUCAUCGAACAUUAUGCCCAAUUAGGUCCUAGCAAUCCGGACAUCGCACAGGAUGAGCCGAGGCGAGCACUUAAAAGCGAAUUCUUGGUCCGGGAGAAUCGGAAGUACUACAUGGAUCUGAAAGAGAACCAGAGAGGCCGGUUUCUGAGGAUUCGACAGACCGUGAACCGGGGGCCCGGUUUGGGAUCCACGCAAGGCCAGACAAUUGCUCUGCCUGCCCAGGGACUUAUUGAGUUUCGUGACGCUUUGGCAAAACUCAUUGACGACUACGGAGUAGAUGAUGAACCUGCGGAGUUGCCAGAGGGGACCUCCUUGACAGUGGACAACAAACGCUUUUUCUUCGACGUGGGCUCCAAUAAAUACGGAGUGUUCAUGAGGGUAAGCGAGGUGAAGCCAACAUACCGCAACUCUAUCACGGUGCCCUACAAAGUGUGGUCCAAAUUUGGAAAUACGUUCUGUAAAUACGCGGAGGAGAUGAAGAAGAUCCAGGAGAAACAGCGGGAGAAAAGGGCAUGUGAAAUGCAGCAACAAGAGGAGAUGCAUGCUGAUGAUGCAGACGAGGAUUGAUAUAUAGAGCAAAAACAUGCAAGAAAAUAAUCAAAAUAACAAAAAGAGAAAUUAUAAUAACUUUACUGUAAAAAGAAAGAAAUCUAAAGAUUUAACUGUAACUGUUUAACUCCAAGGGAGCACCACCCACAAAAAAAGAAACCUCCACAAACUGACAGUUAAGACAUGUUGUCACCCAUCGCUGGAUGUUACCCACUUACCCACCAUUAAUACAGUAAGCGGCUGCUAAACAAAGUAAUAACAUUAUAUAUGAACCGUGUUUCCUACUUGAUGACAGAUGAUAAAGAACUGAGUGUUUAUUUCUCUUAUUAACCAAUAACUUUUGUACACGUUAAAGAUAUUAUUAGUGUUUGCAAUAUUCAAAUGGAAUUAUUGCCGAGUUAUGAGAAACAAGUCCUUUUCAUUUGACUUCAGCACAAAUCAGAUAUUUUAGUUUUUUUUAACCGAAAUUUAAAACCUUUUUAAGAGGUUGACAUAGUGUAGGCCUACUUGCCACCCUAUUUACCUGUACCUGUGAGUAGAGAUUUGUUUACACAUGAAUCAUAUGAGGGCUAGGCCUGCUUUGGAAUUUUGUUUAGAUGUCAUGCAGUCUGCCUAUGUACUUUUUUCAAUGUCAUGCAACGAAACAAGUGCUCUCUCUCUCUCUCGUGCAAUAUGCAUUGCAUUGAACUCGAACACAUUGAACUGGUCAAUGGAACUCGACAUGAAGACUUUCAAAAGGAAUAUUACUGUUGUAACCUUUGUUUCAAUUGAAAGUGUCGUCAUGCAGAUCGUUAUACUAUAGACUAUCUUUGUGUCUCGUCAUGCAAUGUGUUUUUUAAAAAGGUACCGUCUUAGAUUAAGGAAGUGCAGUGACAACAUGCAGCACAUUACAUGGGAAGUGGUUGAGAACAGCAUAUUUGUCAUAUAGACCACUCAAUCCUGCUAGCACCGCCUAAUUGGCAUUAUGGUGUAUUGAUAGUGCUGAUUAAUAAAAGUAAAGCAUGGUUUUGAGAGUCUGAGAUGUAUGUGAACAUCAGCACUUAUGAAUAAGAGGUUUUCUGUUGGGGAAUUUGACACACAAAGGACCAGCAAAUAUCAGCCAACCAAUAAGAUGCCAAUGUACCAAUGAGUGCUGUUGCUGCAUGUUUACCUGUACAAAGCCUGAUAUUGGUUUUCACACAUUGUGGCUCAAGGACACCUCUCCAAGCUCGUGUUCAUCCCUGUAAAUGCUCAACUGAUCUUUAGAUUGAAUGCUGGUCUGAAUAUCUCAGUUGUUACCAAAGACGCUGGCAACAAUCAGAUCAUGUCAGAUUUACCCCAGUAUUCAGUGAAAAGAUCACCUGGUGUAUUGGAUGGAGUAUAAAGCAGCAGGCCUAACUGUCCUUGAGCCCCCUGGUUAAAGCCACUGGUGUAAAUGGUACACGGAUGGGAGCGUCCUCUUCGGCAUAUAAACAACCUGGUGCCUUAAACACUCCGCAUGAUUACAUGCGGGCCUGAUGCUUUGGAUCACAGUUUGGGCUCUUGUUUUUUUUCCCGCUUUGCUUUUCCGUGUGCCGCAGCACAACUUGUGGUGCCAAGGGGUUCUUUAAGAACCCUUCCGAAAAGAAAAGGGGCAGAUUACAAAGCUUUUUCUGCAACCUUUCCCCCUUUCCCAAUCUCACUCUCAUCCCCAAGCCAUCCAGGUAUCGGCCUACAUGUAAACGUGAAAGGGGGUGGUCACCUGGAAGACAAUGCAUAGGAGGCUGCUCUUCACAGGCCCAGCCUGGUGAGGUGGAGCGGAGAGCAGGGGCUGACUGGUAACAUCACUGUGGACUGGAUUGAGAAGGCUUGUUGGAGGCCCUCUUGUGAUGCUCUCUGUGUGUAGUUCUAUGGCUUGGGCAGUAAUGUGUAAUUUGUAAGUUGCUAAAGACCUCAAUUAGGGGGAGUAGUAAGCAUGUCUUAUUUUGAUUUGUGUUUAGUUUUUUAGUUUGAACUUUUCAGCGUUAUUCCACAUCUUUGUCAUUUUGAAUGUUUUUUUUUUUUUUGCUCACAAAGGAUAUUUUAUUUUCAGUGCAACAUUUCAUUACUGUGUGCAAUAUCCUAUGUGCCGAUUGGUGGCAAUAUGUAUAUCAAUUAAAUAUAUGAUUAAUAUUUGAA